UGUGUGUGUGUGACAGAGAAGGACUUUGCAGUCUGUGUGUGGGGUGUGUGUUGAAGUGAAGGCCACACAGAGCGCCCUCCAGAGACAGACUGAAUUAGAUCAAACGAGGGAACAGGGACACAUGUCCACACCGCAACUGAAUUAAAGAGGCAAUCAUCGGCGCUAACCAAAACUUCAAUGCUGGAUCAAUGGCGGAUCAAUGCUAAACAAUUAGCUUGCUGCUCCUCGCGACAUAUAUUCAAACAGCCUCUUGCUGUAAGACAAGCAGACAGGGAGCGACAGGAGACUGUGACAUUUUACUGUGAGCGCAGAACAAAAGGGAACCCCCCCCCCCCAACACACACACACACACAGACAGACACACAUUCGCUGCCAGAAUGGGUUUGAUUGAAAGUUCAGACGGGAUUUAAAACUUGUCACAGUACAAACGUCCCUCUUCUGAAGUCACAAGUGCUCCUCAGAGGCUGGCUGGUUUCUGCUUGUGUUUCUGUGGCGGGGCUUACAAUCGAGUGCUUCUGCAUAAUUGGAAGGCGUUUUUGUUAUGCGUGUCUGCAUUGAUUAGAGAGGAGAGAGGAGAGGCGAGCAGUCCAAGUAGAGCGAGCGCAUUUGCAUGCGUGUGUCACACCUGUGAGAAACACUAUUUGCAUGCUUUUUAUGGUUAUGUUUUAUGUGGUUAUAAUGGUUUGUGUAAGGGAGGGUUUUCACAUCAUGACAAUUUGGAACUGUGGUGAAAGAAUUUUAGGCGAAGGAGAACUUGGUUCUUAUUCUCAUAGUUUGGCCAUCAUUUCUAUCUGUUAUGAUAAUAUGAUACUACAAGUGUGUAAAUAAAGCUUAUGAUGUAAAUAAGCCAACUGGUUAUGUUGGUAAUAAAUCCCUCAUUGCACUGGGAAACUGUGUGCGCGACUACGACAAGUACAGUCCCUGACAAAAGUCUUGUCACUUAUCCAUUUUGUAGAAACAACAGCUUAUAACCUGACUUUUAAUUAAUCCAUUGGUUUUAGAAAUGGCUCAUAUGAAAGCUAAAACCCUCCCAAAUUAUCUUCACUGAAGAAAGAUUGAUCAUUUAAUGAACACAGAAAGGUCAGAUUUUGGCAAGACAAAAGUUUUGUCGCCUACAGAGAGUAAUGUGAAAAUUGAACAAAUAAUUUACUUCAAAUACAAAAAUAUGUUGCAUAACAUCAGUGAAUUAAGUAGUGGUGCUGUGAGAUCCAUAUUUAAUAUCUUGUAUGACUUCCAUGAGCUUGAAGGACUGCAUCCAUGCGGUUCGACAAUGAUUCAUACAAUUUAUUGAUGAAGUCAUCAGGAAUAGCAAAGAAAGCAGUCUUGCAUGCCUCCCAGAGUUCAUCAAGAUUCUUUGGUUUCGUCUUCCAUGCUUCCUCUUUCAUUCUACCCCAGACAUGCUCAAUGAUGUUCAUGUCUGGUGACUGGGCUGGCCAGUCCUGGAGCACCUUGAUCUUCUUCGCCUUGAGGAACUUUGAUGUAGAGAUGGAAGUAUGCGAUGGAGCACCAUCCUGCUACAAAAUUUGACCCCUUUUAUGGUUGGGAAUGUAAGAGGUAGCUAAUACUUCUUGAUAUUUUAGGCUAUUGAUAUUGCCUUCCACCCUGCAAAUCUCUCGCACACCCCCAUACUGGAUGUAACUCCAGACCAUGAUUUUUCCGCCACCAAACUUAACUGUUUUCUGGGUUAAUCUCGGAUCCAUGCGGGCUCCAGUAGGUCUCCUGCAAUAUUUGCGGCGGCUGUGAUGUAAUUCAACCGAAGAUUCAUCUGAGAAAUCCACCUUCUGCCACUUUUCCAGCGUCCAUCCUUUUAGCAGGCUGUGGGCCUUGGCAAAUGCCACACGUUUUUUUAAUUGCCUUUUGUUUAGUGCUGGUUUCUGGGCACUGAUUCGACCAUGGAGGCCAUUUUGAGACAGAAUUCUACAAACUGUCCUGGUUGACACGGGGACUUGAGGUGACCAGGCCUGGUGGAGCUCUGCUGCAGUGGAAAAGGGGCUGGCCUUGGAUUUUCGAGCCAACAAACGGUCCUCCUGAGCAGUUGUCUUGCGGGGUCUGCCGGACCUGGGCUUGUCAAAAACAUCUCCAGUCUCUUCAAAUCUUUUUCUUAUUCUUUGUACUUGACGCUGAGACACAUUGAAGGUGUCAGCCACCUCAGCAGUGGAUCUGGUCUUCAGCCUCUUGAUAAUCAGCGCUUUGGUCUCAGGGUGAAUCUUAGGCAUGUUGUCAGAGGUCAAGUUGCAGUUGAUGUGAAGGUCUGGUGUGCUGGGGUUCUUUUUAUACACACCCACUAAUUGAUUGAUCAAUUAUUGAUCACAGGUGAGGCUGUAAUCUAGGAUUGGGUGCAUCAUAUGACAAGGCGACAAGACUUUUGUCUUUGCAAAAACUGACUCAGUGGGCUUUACCAAGCUGUGAACGUUAGAAUGCUUUUCAGCAGUUUCGUUUGGCACCAAAACAUUAUUUCAAAAGCUGUUGGGACUGAAAUUAGCCAUUUCUUGUAAAAAAAAAUUGAUUACAAAUAUAUUUGAGGGGCACUUAAGAUCAACUUGUACCCAAGCGACAAGACUUUUGUCAGGGACUGUACAGUUGGUGAAAGUUGAAGCAGACACAGUGAGGGGGGAAUUCACCAAAGGAUUGCGCGGCUUUUGCAGGCCGCUAAACCUGCACAAAUAUGACACAAAGAAACCGUGCACAUCUCAAAAUCACCUGCUAAGGCGCGAAAUGCACCUCUAACUGCGCAGCCAAGCAAAUAGCUCCUCUGCGUUUCUGUGGUAUUUGCACGUCUUUGAAUGAGGUAAUAUGCAUGCGUUCGGUGCAAAAUCGUCCCCUUUCGAUGCAAAUGAGCCUCAUCGCCAAAACAGUCCAAUUGACAAAGAUCAGUGCUCGUACCCACAUGCAAUUACAGUGAAAUCAUUUGCCUCUUCAGAGAGUUGGUGGUCACUGAAGCGCAUUGACAGAUAUUAAAUCCCAAAUACGGGUAGCAAAGGCUAAUUUGGUAACGCAUUAUUUUAUGGGUUUUUAAUUUCUGAAUAAUCAUUUCCUGGAAAUAACCACAUAAUUUGGUAACAAUUACAGGAAUAAUUGAACUACAGCGUUGAAUUGGUUCCAAUGAAUCAAUUCAAUUGAUUGUUAGCAUAUCCAAUGAUAAGUAAGUAAUGAGUGUAUCAUUCAAUUAAAGGUAUGCUGUGAAGGAUUUUCCUAAAAAGCAUUACAUGGACUGAGACAGAUACAAAAGUAUUCCCUCUCAAUCAUCACUUAUGACCCACUAGAAGUGUGUGGCGGUGUCAGUACCUGCAGAGAACCUGCCCUCUGCCUGUAUGUUCUUAUUUUCUUACGUUUUCUGGGUGUCAGCCUCCGGGCAAUGCGAGUGCAGACACAAGUGCAAACACGCAUUCCAAGAGGAAGCUACAAAAGUGGCGGACAAAUUGCGGAAAGAACACAAAUACAGCGAGGCGAAACGUCAAGCCAACAAAGCUUGUACCAGAAAUGCCAGGUACGUCUCUAUGUAAGAGUUAAAUCUCACUCGGUUGUCCCUCCCGGCUCCCUUACAUUCAAGACGGCGGGAAAGAUUACAACAACAGGGAUGUUUUUCAUUGUGCCUAACUUUAGUGGAAUUAAUCUCCGGAUUCUCCAGUUCAAAAUGAGACCAAACCGUUCGAUGGAAGUCUGCUUUUAAACCACGACAGAGGCUAAAAUGUGGCCCACGACAGACAAGGUAAAGCUUGUUUUCAGCCCUAGCCGACUGCUGGAAAGGCCUCGCUUGCUUAUGAAGCAGUUGCCUCUACUGGCCGGUUAAGACUAAUGAGCACUCAGCAGUCAAUGACGGUUUAAAAUAUUCAAUAAAACAGGUUUUCAAAAAGAAAUUGUGAAUCGCUGCAACCACAAGAAACCUUGAGCACACAGUCAUAGCACAAAUAAUAUAUGAAAUGAAGGUUAAGCUGUGUUUUUGUUACAAAGAAAAGAAAAUAUGGAUACAUAAAGCCUCAGUCUCUUUCACAACCCCAGUCAUUUUCAAAGAGUCCCUCACCUGUUAAAUACCAACUGCACUGAUGCUGUUAAUCCCACCCUUGAAUUUAAGGGCCUAUCAUACCUGUGUCCACACACUCGCUUGUGUUCGGAUAUGUGUGUUGUGUGUGUGUCUCUCUCUCUCCUGAGCCCCAGAUGGGGAUCCAUUGCUUCUCCAGAUGGGAGAGAGAGAGAGAGCGUGAGCGAGGACAUCUGAUGAUGGCAGAGAUGAUCACAGCCGGCCCAGAGAGUUGUUGACUUUAAUUACUAGUCGGCGUGUAGAUGUUGGCCUCGGCUUUGCGCUGUGCUCUAUUAACCGCCCCGCACUCUCUGGCCUGCUCUCAACUCUUUCUUCUCUCUCCAGCUCCACACCGACAUGGACAGGAACGAUGGACGCACCAAAUACGUCCUGCGAGGCGAGGGGGCCGGCUCGGUCUUCGUGAUAGACGAGAAGACCGGCAACAUCCACGUCACCAAGCCACUGGACCGGGAGGAGAAGGACGAGUACCGUCUCAUCGCCACGGCCACCGACAGGCAGACGGACCGCGCCCUGGAGCCCUCGUCGCAGUUCAUAAUCCGGGUGCAGGACAUCAACGACAACCCGCCGAUCUUUGACGAUGGCCCCUACAGCGCCAUCGUGCCUGAGAUGGCAAAUAUAGGCACAUCUAUAAUCCAGGUGACAGCGACAGAUGCUGAUGACCCAACUUAUGGCAACAGCGCCAAGCUAGUGUACACACUGGUGCAGGGCCAACAGUACUUCUCUGUAGAUCCCCAGACAGGCAUUCUGCGCACGGCCGUGCCCGACAUGGACAGGGAGACCCAGGACCAGUACCUGGUCCUCCUUCAGGCCAAGGACAUGGGGGGCCACCUGGGCGGAUUAUCCGGGACCACCACCGUCACCGUCCGGCUCAGCGACGUCAACGACAACCCACCACGCUUCACCCAGAGUAUGUGGUCCUUCUCCGUGUCAGAGCUGGCCAUCCCGGGGGCCGAGAUAGGGCGCAUCUCGGCGGCCGACGCCGACCUCGGGGAGAACGCCAAGCUGGAGUACACCAUCCUGGAGGGGGAGACCGGGGAGACGUUCAACAUCACCGGAGUGAACCAAGAGGCCGUCAUCACGCUCAACAAGGCGGUCGACUAUGAGAGCCGGAGCUCCUACUCCUUCUCCGUGGAGGUCCUCAACCCCAUAGUAGAUCCUCGCUUCUUGCGUCGAGGCCCCUUCAAGGACCGGGCCUCCAUCAGAGUAGCAGUGCUGGAUGCAGACGAGCCUCCGAGAUUCUCCCGAGCCCGAUACCACAUGGACGUGUCCGAAAACUGUCCGCCGGCCUGCACUGUGGGCCGGGUCAGCGCCGUCGACCCCGAUACGGGUCUGACCAAUAACAUAAGGUUCUCCAUUGAUCCUCAGUCGGACCCGGAGGCUCUGUUCCGUAUCACCCCAGACACAGGCCUCAUCACCACAGCCAUGGAGCUGGACCGGGAGCGCGACCACUGGCACAACAUUACUGUCAUCGCCACCCAGAGAGACAAUCCCAGCCAGGUGUCCAGAGUUCUGGUUGCAAUAGAGACAUUGGACCUGAAUGACAACGCACCCGAGCUGGACAGGCAAUACACAACGGCCAUGUGUGACUCAUCCUCCAUUGGGCAGGUGGUGCAGGUGUUGCGGGCGAUUGAUAGAGAUGAGGGAGGGAAUGACAGCACUGUGUAUUUCAGCAUCCCUCCGGAGUCCAGCUCUGCCCUCAACUUCAGCGUCAGGGACAGCGGUGGCCCCACGGCGAGCCUGGUGCUGCUGUCCCAGCUCCAGCCGCUGUCCCGCUCCGGGUACUCCACCCUGACGCUCCACGUGCCGCUGGUCCUGAGGGACGGGACGUCGGGCCUCACCAGCACCGGGACAGUCACCGUGUCCGUCUGUCCCUGCCUGAGAGGAGGGGCACGGGCCGGGGAGAAGGAGAAGGACAAACAGACGGAGGGCGAGUGGGACUGGGAAAGAGAGGCGGUGUGUCUCCCUCAGCAGUCCACACUGCCGUCCCCCGGGCUCAGCACCGCCGCCCUGCUGGCCAUCCUGGCUUGUGUUGCCACUCUACUGGCGGUGAGCGCCCUGUCAUUGUCGCUGCGCCGGCAGAAGCGCGACUCCCUGUCACCGCUGGAGGAGGACGACGUACGUGAGAACAUCAUAACGUACGACGACGAAGGCGGGGGCGAGGCCGACACGGCCGCCUUCGACAUUGCCGCGCUCCAGAGCGCCCCGCACAGCUCGCGCUCACGUGGCUAUCGCACGCUGGACAGCAGGAAUGUACGUUACGCCCAUCAAAACCAAGAAAAAGCUCGCACCUACAGCUGGGCUCAGAAUCCGGGCGUGGAGCACAACUACUCAGGAUCGGGAGGGCCUCUCUACGGUCGCCUCUGUUACAGCAGCCACACGCUGCCCGUCCUCCGACGCACACCGGGCGGAGCAUUUGAGCCAGGCCUGGCAGAGCUGGGGUACCGCUUUCCUGGAGGCCAGCCAGACCACUCUCUGGUCAUCCAGAACCAGGGAGCCAUGGUGGGGGCGAUGGAGUCCGGCGCGAUAUACAUAGCUCCCACAGACAUCAGCACGGGCAGCCGAACCGGAAGCCGCGACGGGACCGCGCCCCAAAGUGGGGUGAGCACGUCGGACGGUGGGACUCCGAGGACCAGCGACAGCCAGGAGAGAGGAGGAGGGACGGGCACUGCGAGCAACUGCACUGAGGGGAGCAGUGAGGACAAGGCGAACCACGGUCAAGAUGUGGACUGGAGCCACACCCUACCCCAGCCCCGAACUGAAACCCCUCGUGCUCGCCUACGUUCCCUCCAGGUGCAGUCGGAGACGCUACCCAGGGAGCAUCACCUCGUCAUGACCCGAUCCGGAUCCGUGAUGGGCCAGGGUCACGGCGCAGGAGGAUGGGUGUGCGACUCGACUACCCUUCCCAUGGCGGGACGCAGGACCUCCCGCGGGGGCCUGUCCCCGAAACGCACAGGCUCCGGUCAGGCCGAAUCUGACUCCAGCGGCGGCGGAGGAGGAGGAGGAGGAGGAGGGGCGGGAGGUGGGAAUGGAAGUGGGGGUGCCUCCACAGAUGGACAACAGCAACCUGCCCAUGGACGCAACUAUGCCACCGUCCUGCAGGGUGAGAUGUGUGGACAGAGGGACUAUCCCGGCAGCUUGGGGAGAGGAGGACUGGAGAUGGGGAGCAACUUUAUGGUGGCGAGGCCAGACAGGGAGGGCGGAAGGAUAUCAUCUGUCUACCCGGAAGCGGCUGGCUUUAUUGGGGACUGGCGUGAUCGGAUGGGUCUGGGGGGGUAUGUUUUGGGCAGGAGGGAUAUCACCCCCCAGCUCUUUCCCUUCCCGGGGCAGCCUCGUGGAGCGUACGGCGGGGUGAUGGGCUACGGGGGCGGCUGGGUUCCCGGAAUGGAGGCCGCAAGAGGAGCCCCGGGGCCCGGCGGCCCCUCCCUGGCACUGAGGGUGGGUGAGUUCCUGCGUCUGCGUCUUGCCCAGGUCACUUUUGACCCAUCGCAGCCGCCGUACGACUCUGUGCAGGUGUACGGCCUGGAGGGCACAGGGUCCCGGGCUGGAUCCCUCAGCUCCCUCGAGAGCGAAGGAGAGAAGGAUGCGGAGAAAGAGGAGUGGGGGGCGGGGCUGGAGGAGUGGGGCCCCCAGUUCCAGAAAUUAGCCCAACUCUUCAAAGACAGGGAGAAGGAAAAGGAAGAGGAGGAAAAAUAUGAAGUGGGUGCCAAAAAGGAGAAUGAAAAGAAAGACGAGCCUGGGAAGACAGAGAAAAAAGAGGGAGGGGAGCCGGCCAGGGAGGAGGGGAAAGACUGAGGGAUGAUAAAAACGAAACAAAUAGGGGCAAAGGGGGUGAGAGGGAAUAGGGGGAUGAUGAAAAGGCAACCAGAGCUAGAAUAAUGUGAAGAGAAGUUAAAGGAGAGAAAGAUGAAGAGGCAAAGUAAUAAAAAGAGACAGAGAAAAAUGAGCCUAGGGAGGGUGGAGAGUGCGAGGGCAGGGAGGGAGUGAUUGAUGUAAUUUAAAGCAAUAAGUGUUGAAACGCUGAUAUGGUUGAGCACAGAUACUGAGACAAUGCAGAGGCUGCUUCUGCUCGGGGCAGCAACAAUUUGUUAAACGCUUUGGACAAAGAAAAACAACCCAAACAUUCAAGACUCGAUUUAAUUCAACUCGCAACAUACAUGGAAUGAGAAACAGCGGGAAGCGAGAAGAAAGACGUUUUCUCAUCGUGUGUGUGUGUGUGUGUGUGUGUGUGUGUGUGUGUGUGUGUGUGUGUGUGUCGGUCUGCUCUUUGUGUCACCGUGUGUGUGUGUGCGGGGGAAUACAGAUGUGCGAGCAGGAGCACGUGUGUAGGCGUGGGUGCAUACGUGUGCAUAUUUAUCGAAGAGAGAGCGGAUAGUGGCGGCGAGAAAAUCACGAUACCCAGAGACAAUUUAAAGAUGAGGACGGGGACAAGUAAGCUGCGACAUUAGUUUCCGGGACAACGUGCAAGAAAAAAAACUUUCAACGAGGAAGGUUAGGAAACUAGGAUAACACAGAAGUGGAAGGGGAUGGUAUAUGUAUUUAAAUAUGAAGUGAACGGGACAUGGGAUGGACGUAUAGAGAGCGAAGUGGUCGGGGGACGUGAGACGAUUGUACAGAAACUGUUACUUUUCAUUCCGUCUGCAGCGGCAGAAAAGUGAAUUAUUCAGCUCACCACUUCAUUCCAAAUGAAAAUGAUGAAUCAUUUAAAUCCUGCAAAAGAUUCUCCUCCGCUCAGCCCACAAGGAAAACAGACAUUGUGAAAUAUUUAAGUGAUUUAGGGAUGUGAUCCCCCCCCCUCCCUCUCAUCCCUCAAGCUUUUUGUAGUCGAGUGUUGGUAUGUUUACAGAGGUUCACACACAAACACACACAAAGACACAGAAGAACUUAUGAACACUAUAAGGCUUUGAUUGUACUACAGUGAAUUAUAAAAGCGAAAGCGUACCGCCAGUGUUCCAUCUGCUACGUGGAGUGACGACGUCUCUAUUAUUCAUCUCUUAAAUGUUUUUAUGGAAGAAGUCUCCUAUUUUCUAUGCGUAACCCCACUGUAGUCCCACUUGAUACGUCUUGAGGGAAGAGUAUGCAUGAUUGUAUGUAUGAACCUAAAAAGUCAAUCAACUCCAUCUUGAACACUCGUCCUCCCCAAAUGAAAAGGUCCACGGCUCUGUAAUGAAGCUACCACAGAGGCUCCCUCGACAGGCUUUUCUGUUUUUUUUCUGUUCCUGUUAAAGGUCAGGAUGCAAAUGAGCUGGAGUUUUCAGCUGGAAUGCACUUUUUUUUACCGUGUGAUGUUCAACAAUAGAUAACGAAUUACGUCAAAGAUAACAGUUGUUUUAUAAGAUGUCAAUGAAACAAAAAAAAAAAAAAGAUACAAUGUUUGACUGUACGUAAAAGCAUUUCAAAUGUAAAUACCACUGAAUAUUAUUGCUAAAAGAAAGUAUAUAAAAUGAAUAAAGAGUGAUAAAAAAAUAUCCAAAAAAAAAAAUCUAAACUUGUCCAAAUGGAGCACUGUCGGCACCGUGUAUUAUGUACCGUAGAUUAGUAAUGGGCUCACUGAGCUGGACUUCACAGCCUCCUGGACUGAAAACAACACCAUGUAUUCUACACCUGUGUAAUAAGUGAGCAGGUUUGGUUUGCGCUCGCACUCGUCUGAGAUGGACAAGCCAGGGAUUCAAUUAUACAUGAGCCCUCUGGCAGAUGUUUGUUCAGCAAAAUAUCAGUAAGAAGAAGCCUCAGAGCCUAUAGCCGGUCCCACCGAGGAUCCCAGUGGGAUGAACAUCUAAUGGAGCGAGGGGGAAAUUCCCCUGAUGGGCACGCAACAAAAUUUCUGUAAAAGCGGAAUGAAACACUUAAACGGAAUUUGUAAUAAGUUUCGAAGACAGCUCUGUCGUUAGUGUUGCACUGCCUGAGAGAUAUGGAACUUAAAUUUUAUGGAUCGUAACUUAUCUCUAGAAAUAUAAUAAACUGUACAGUUAAGAGUAAGAUUUUUAAUAAAAAAUCGGGGGAAAGUGACUGUCCAUCAAAAGUUGUCUCGUGCAUUUCAGGCAAUGCAACUCAAUGACCGUAAUAACAUUGCAUUUUGCUGUGCGUUGACCGCUGCAUAGAUCUAAAGUCAAGCGAAUUCUCUAAUUUUGUGGAAUAAUAACCCAACAGACUUUUUAUUUUUGGAGCCCCCAGGGGAAUUUCACCUCCUGCCCAAACCUGAAUGUGGACAUCUUUGGUGUGCCAUCGCAGAAAUGUCACCGUUUGUCGCCGGUUCGUUGUAAAGCCACCCACACAUGUCAAGCUGUCUGCUUUGCUAUUGUCCACCCAUGAAUCUUGUUGUCAAGGUCUGCUUCAGUCGACACUUGAACCAGUCAGGAAGUCAGUGCACGCUGACUGGAACGAGACCCAUACACAUACACUCUGUACCCUUUACCUGAGCCACAGGCUUGUCCAUACAGUGCCACUGUGCAAUCUGCAUGGUAUCAGGACCAAUGUACAAAUACUGCACAAUAACCGGAGAAGAGUGGAGGGGAGAGGGGGGGGGUGGGCAGAACCUCAGCUGGGGAUCUAAGUCUAUUUAGCUGAUCAGCAAUACCUCAACAUCCUAACGCUACUUAAACCUUUCAUCAGCUAUGAGCCACUGAUCCAAAGUGACACGGCAUGUGGCCCGUUAGACACUUGCAGCAAUACUGUGUGCCAAACUUGAAGGAAAAUUCUGGUUUACUACAACUUGGGUCUUAUUUUCUUCGUUGGAGCAAAAAACACAAGCUUACAGGUUUAUAACAAACCCCAGACAAACGUAUUCCUAAUAACGCUCUGUGGUAAACAUAGAAAUAGAAUAGGAGUAGAACGAGCUUGUUGAUUCCACCAUGCUUUAAUGCUACACUGGUUACAGAAAAUAGACACUCAUCUGGAGAGAGCAAUGUGCUUUCCAACACUGUGACAAAAGUGUGGAGAUGAAGCCUAAAGUUGUUCAAUUUGACUCAUUUACUCUGGCCCACUCUGCUUUGUAACGUUACUGCUCCACUGCUCUUUUUAGUGGUUACUGCAGAACCUCAGCUCAGUGAAUCCGCCACUUGCCGUAAGUCUGUUUAUUUUUUAAGGAGGUUAGCUACAAGGCUCUGACGUCUCUUGAUCCAAGGUACUUGAAUGAGGGAUAAUUACAAACAUUUUACACUAAGUCGUGUCUUGGGCGAAUUGGCACUAGAUAUCAAAAAAGCAACCACGCAGGAAUGAAAUCCAUCUGCUCGGCGCUCCAGCCGCGUGCUGAAUUUGUAUUUGCUAAGCACCAGUCGUCGUUCUCCCGUUCCCAUUUCAGUGUGUUUAUCUGAUUCCUGAUCAGUUAAAACUUUAAACGGGUUGGAGCAGGACCAAUCUUUAGCCUAAGAAAAACAACAAGGAUGGCGAUCAGAUAAAGUAUGUUUGCUGUCACAGUUGUAAACGUACUAUGUGGCUUACCUGGGUGCAAGACAGAGCCUUCAACUGGUUUAGAUCUCACUAAACUACUGACUUUUAUGUACAACCUUCUGGGUUGUCUGACCUGUUACUUUCUAUCUGACUCUGUUGUAGCAAUGUUGCCAUUUACUUAAAGAAAUAAUGGUCAAAACUACAAAAACAAGACCCAAAUUGUAAUAGACCAGAAUUAUCCUUUGAACCUUAUUUUAUUGGAGUUGAAUGUCAAACGAUUUAGAACGGACGGAACAAAAAUGAUAAUGUUACACCUAAAAAUGACUGCCAAAGAACUUGGAGCCAUUCUGUUAUGAGGACAAGUAUCGUUCUGAAGAGCACUAAUGUGUCGCUUUGCCAGUGCAUCAUCCGGGCCCUGUUUUCUUGAGCGUUUUGGUCGAAUGUGCUAACUUUCUGAGUCGCUUUUGUCUCUCGACACAGAAAAGCUCUCCUCAUUUUCAUAACAGUAUUGCCAAUUCUGGGACAGCCAUUGCAAAAGCAAUUAGCAUGGUAUACCAGUAAGUCACCUUUCUUGCCUUGCCAAUUAUGUGGUUUAUUCCACAGUCCUGAUUGGCUCCAGGUGCUUCAUCUCCCCUGAUUGGUCUAAUUCAAAGUUCUCCUCUGGCUGAUUGGUCAAAAUCAACGUGAUGAUUCUCCUGAUUUGUCUUAUUUCGGUGUUCUGGAGUGCUGCGCCGACUGAACCUUUUGACGGAGCUGAUUAUGCCCCCUCCUGAGCCCGGCAAAUUGGUUCAAUCAACAGCGUGAUUAGUUGAAUCAGUUCUUUUUAAAUAGAAUAAAAGCCUGCGGUCUCUGCAGCACUCCCUGCUCAGAUUUACUGACCCGGAGUGACUGAUGAAAGCGGACCUGCCAGUCCAUUUUUUCAAGUCCUCUGUCCAAAAAAAAAAGAAAAAAACCCCCAAUAUACUGAGGAUACUGAAGUCACUCUCAAAGGACGAGAGCAGCUAUGUUAGCAUUUAGAUAUGUUGACAUGUAGCUUAAGGGUGCAGGUUGAAGGUCGGGACCUCUGGCUUCUAGAGUCCUCUCGACCGCUUCGGUUCUGUGCCCCCCCCUUUCCCCCGGUCGACUUCAUUGCUCCUGCACGAUGUUGAUACAAUUUCCACAAUUGCGUGCUGAACAAAGUGUAUUUAUUUCUGUUGUACUUUUUCUUUUUGUAAAUUUGAAUAAAAAAGGAACUAUUUCAAAGAGAUGAGUCAGACCCAAUCUGUGCUCCUUUCUGCAGUCUCCCGAGUUUCUGGAUAAUCAGACUGCUUGUGUGUGUGUGUGUGUGUGUGUUUGUGUGUGUGCGUGUGUGUGUGCCCUCUGUGUGUGUGUGUUUGUGUGAGUCUUUAAGAGAAAGAGACAGAGUGAGAGUGCGAUCGAGACAUGUUCUGUGCAGUGCAUACAAAUACGUUCAGAACUUGCGAGCAUGUGUGUUGUUGCGAGUAGGUGGGUGUACCUGCUCAAAUUGGCCAUUUGAAUUUCCAAACCACAGACUGUGUGUGUGUGUGUGUGUGUGUGUGUGUGUGUGUGUGUGUGUUUGUUUGUCUGACUGCAGGAUGAAGGAACACCUUGUCUGGUGUGAUCCAGGCCGGUGGGGGGAUGUGAGGUCAGUAAUAGAGGACAGACGGAGAGAGGACUGCAGAGCAAUCACGCUCUCAGACAAAGGUGGGAGGGGGAGGGGGGGGGAGAGAAGUUCUCUGUUUCUUUGCCGGCAAAAAAAAAAAGGACAUUUGGAACUCAAGAGCAGCAGCAAAUAGAGCAGACCCGACAGCUGCGACCGAAUAAUACGAGGCCCCCUUACCAAUCCUUGCAGCUCCCCUGUGCUCUGCAGCGCUUCACCCCGGUUCAGUGAUGGAUCGGGGUGAUGUGUGCCACCGCUGUGUGACUGAAUGGCUGGUUAAAAAGAUUUAUUACAAUAAAUCAAAUAUGAAGGAGGGGAUUAUUUCUACAUGAUGGUUUAGACAAUGAUCGCGUUAGCUGGGUCUCCGCUUGAUUACAAUGAUAAUACCCGCCUCGAGUCAGGGAGAGGGAGAGGGAAUGGAUGGGGAGAACCGUAUUAGCAGUUAAUAUGCGAGUCUGUUGCAUUACAUAAAACCGUAUUUGUGAUUGGGUUAGAGCUGAUUCCGCUGAGCGCUGAGAAAAAAAAACAAACCCUCGCCAUAUCUUGUGUGUCUGUGCGUUCCCAUAAUCCUGAGAUUCUGACUUCCCCCCCACGGAAGCUAACAUCAUGUAACAUCAAGAGGACUCCAAGUCAGUUGGAGGCAAAACAGAGCUUUGAAUGGUUUUAACCCCCCCCCGCCACCAAACUGAUAAAACACAUCAACUUGUAACCGACACGACGUUCUCAUUGAUUUGGAGCUCCUAUAUGUGCGUUCAUCAGUCUGCCUGAAGCAUCAACACCGCAAUGCAGCAUUCUAGGUGAGUUACUGCUGUCAUGGCACUGUCAAUAAUUACAGCAUG